GCUUUUGUUCUCUCGGACAAAUGUUGGGACGCACGUCUGUGCGCAGUUUCCUUGGUAACCACAUUACGCUGUGUAUUUACCUUACACGUUCAUGAUUUGUUCAAAGGCAUGGACGUCCAAGAACUGAGUGAGUAAUUUCAGACACUUUGUCAGGCAUCAGUGCAGGUCAUCGUUGCUGUGUUUGAUAACUACAGUCCUGAAAAAGACGGAAUAAACUGCGCGAGUUCUGACCAAUGAUCGUCAGUCGUACAUGUGUGUAGAGCUAACGUAAGCUAACCAUCAUUAAGCCUCAGCUAACUGACCGAAAGAUCUGUGCUUCAUUUGUGGCAUCAAGUUUGACUUAUAGUUAUUUGGUAUAGGCUAGUUGACUGAUUUUAACGGUCGAUAGUCCAAAACCAAAAGUGCAAAAGAUUUCUCUUUAUCUAUCAGGGAUGCAUAUAUAAAGGUCCUUUCACAUCGAGACCGUUUUUGUCGUGCGAGUAUUUCGGACGUCAAUAUUAUUAUGUGUUUUCUAAACGUCUUUGUUUUAACUUUCAUCUGUGCUAACGUAAGCUAACGGUUGUUACCAUAGUUUUAUGUGCUGUUCUGGAGAGCAGAGGAUAUGGUGUCCAUGAUUUCCAGAAAGAAUGUCAACACAGGAGAUAUGUUAAUCCAAGUUCUUCCUCUCCGCGUUUUUCAGAAAUGCAGAGCUGUGGAGACAACAUCAUUGAAAUUGUCGACCCGGACGAAGAGGUUUUUGCUGUCUCUUGGUGGGCUGUCUAGGACUUCUCUGAUUUUCUCUAGUAGCACUCCACUUGUAAUUCAUCACUAAGACCACUUGUGUUUUUUCAUGCACUCUCCUGGUUUAAGUACUGUAGUCUUACUGUCUAAUGAUGGCAAAACUGGCAUUAACUACUUUCUUAGAGCAUUAGCCGUGCUCAGUGCUCUCUACCUGGGCAGACUAGGAUAUAAAACCUGACCAUGUGCUUUGGAGUCUUGAAAGAAGUCCUUUGUCUUUUUUAAGUUUGCUAUUACACUAGUCCUCACUUUUAGGUUAGGUUCACAACAGGUGUAUCCUGGCUCUGUGGGUACUGCGGGUGAGAGGGAUAUCACUAACCAUGAUGUCAUCUCUCAGGAACUUUCAUUCUUCUUUUCUUCCUUUCAGUUCAUCAGCUGAAGAAAAGGCUUUUGACACUGUUAUUGGCUGCAUAGAGAACAUCGUCAUUGGUAGGAUGUGUUAGACUUCUUGACUAUCUCUCUCUCUCUGGAUAAUGAAAGCCUUUCUUGUAUUGAGACAUAUGUCAUAAGGAUAUUGGGUUAAAGGCUCCUAUAACAAUGUCAAGAGGUCUAUUAUUCUUUUACGCUGUGUGAGAAUUAUAAUACAGGACAAGCAGUUAAUAGUGACAAUGACUUUUUUUCAGAGGAGGGGUUCGAGCAGCUACAGCAGAGUUUCCUGGAGAAACACUACUUGGAGUUUGAUGACUCAGAGGAGAACAAGCUCAGCUACACACUAAUCUUCAAAGAAUAUGUGAGUUUCUUAAAGGGUAAUUUGCAUAUCCCUGAUCUACAAUUAAGUACAGCGGUAUAGGGCAUCAUUUCUGUGAGCAAUUAUAAUCACAUUAGUGGCUGUUGUGCAGGUUGACCUCCUGGAGAAAUAUCUGGAACAGCAGCUGAUGGAGAAGAUCCCUGGCUUCAACAUGAACACAUUCACAGAUCUGCUUAUGUAAGAUGAGACUUUUUUUUUCUUAAAUUGAUGACCUUAAAUGUUUGACUGCUCAAGUGCGCCCAGAGGUUGUAAAUUUUCAGGAAUGAGGGCUCCACGUUAAGUAAAAGAGAAGGUGACCUUAAUGUUGAAACUAUGCAAGGGCAACAGAAGUGUGACGAACAGGGUGGUACCAAGGGCAGGUUUGACUUCAAUUAAAGUUCUCUGUGACCAUAUUUGGAAAUGAUGAUGAAUUUCCUAAAGACUGAGACAGUCAAGAUAAAAGAUUCUGACACCUCUCAAUCGCGAAACAUUUUUGUGUAUCUACUCUAAACUUUGUUUGUGCUUCAUUCUUGCAAGAAUUAAAUGUGCCCUCAUUAUAUAUCCUGAACUCUGGUUUCUGACUCUUGUCAUUUAACAGAUAUAGCUUGUUUUGUAGACCCAUUGCUCAUAACAACCUAUCAUAGUAGGCCAGUAGGUGGCAUUAUAUUGCGAUGAGAAAGUGACAAGGCUUUGCUUCCAUCUCUAGGCAACACAAAGACGAGGUGCCGGAAGACAUCUUAGUCAGGCUGCUGACAUUUACUGACUUCAUGGCCUUUAAGGAGAUGUUUCUGUACUAUAGAGAAGUGAGUGUUGCUGCAAUUCUGUCCAUAAAAGUUUUUUUGGGAUCUUGAUUUGAAUGAUUUGUUCUAAUCCUGGUUGUAUGAAUCUCUUUUUUUUUUUUUCUAGGAGAAGGAGGGUCGAAUUCUGGACCCCAGUCAAGAACUGUUAGUAACAUCUUUAAUGCCUACAGCCUCAAAACACAAAAGCAACACUGAAUUCCAGUGACACACACACACACACACUUGUGCUCGAAAUUGCUUACUCCAUGUGCUUCUGUGUGAUUGUAUCCAUGGGCCUUUGGGAAUCCCUGAUAUGUGGUCCUUGUAUUUUGUCAGUUCUGUGCUCUGACAGAGAGCUGCUGGAUACACUCAACAAAAAUCUACUAUCUGUUCUCAAAAGGCCUUUAACAGAAAGUUAAUAUAUGCAUUUCUCUUUGUUUAAAAGUGUGAGCAUUAGAGAGCCUGUUAAAAUGGGUAGCAUGGAUUUGGACGGUGGAAGGUUUUGGUUCCUUCAUCUCAGUUAACCAUACCUUUUGUCAAAAUAGCUUCUGGAAAUAUUUGAAUGUGUUUAACUGAAAUGAGCAGAGAAAAAGCUGAACCCUGAUUGUACAAUCUGUGUCUUACAAAUCUACACACCACAGAAACCCUAAACUUAAAUACUUGAUAUGUGUUUUGUAUGUUAUGUCAACCCACUGUUUUUUUUUUGUGAUCCACUAACCCCACAUUAACAGGGUAAACUGUCAGAGCCAUAUAAAUACAAAAUUAGAUCAGUAAUAUCUAAUAGGGUAAGCUGUAUGUAUUAUAAUGUUUUUAAAUUAUUUGUAGAGUUUUGUGCCUGUCAAAGUCAUUUGGAAAGUAUAGUAAGUGUUUUUGUGUGAAACCUUGGUCAUAUUUCUGAAUUAAAGUUUCAAGUACAAUGUACAAAUAUUGUAUUUUAUACAUGACAGUUGUAGUUGUAAAAUAAUGUGUAUGUAACAGAUUAUAUAUUGUUUUAACAUGUUGGUAAAAGAUAAUUUCCAAAAAAACAAUUAAAGUAUUUCAUUGAAAUCACAACUUUAUUGAAACAUGUUCAUGUAGAAGUCCCAGAACUUAUUACAGGAUUUCACCUGCACUCAUAUUUUUUUUGUACAAAAACACACAAAAUAUCUUAAAAAGGCACACAAAAGAGGGGCUGAGUUGAAACAAGCAAUUUCAAAAUAAAAGGUGGACAUUUUUCUGAA